AUGGAACAUGGCCACCUUGUCGCGGCCUUCCGAGCCGAGUGUGUGGCGCCGCUCCAAGCUGCCGUCUUUGCCGGCGGCUCCAUCGUGCUCGAAGCGGCAGCCGAAGAUGCGCUCGCCCGGUAUGAGCAGCAGCCCGAGCUCCAUGUCGAGGCGUCGCUCGGCGAGAUGGACGCGCUGUGGGCCGACACGGCGGACCUCUUGCUACAAACCACGCUCGUAGCCGACGCCGACGCGCUCACACCUGCGUUCCUCGCAAGCAUCGUGCAUCCCAUCUUUCAGUGCAGCCGCAUUCUUGCGCGGCUCGACGCGGCCUUCAUGACAUCAUUGCCUGCCCCGCGCGACUCGGCCAAGUGGCUGCCAACGUUGCUGCUCGCGUGCAGCCAUUUUCUGUGCAACGACGCGCCGUGGCAUACACCCAAAGCGCAUGCGCAAGCGGAAGCGCUCCUUCAUGCGGCCUGCGCGCACGUUGGGUGGCGCCGCGGCCUCGCCCCGCCCUCGUGCGACGAGCUUGUCGUUAUGCACUGCAAGCGCGCGCUGUCGGUCCUAGGAACCAAGUGCCGGAAGGAGACGUGGGUGCGCGCGGGCUGCCCAGCACCCUAUGCUUUUCGGUUCCUCGUGCAGCACUUGGUCUCUCCGGCGCUCGACCACGACGUCGUCGGCCGCACGCUCGCGCUCGCACUGCCGCUGCUCGACCAAACCAUCGUGUCGGUUCAGCGCAUUGGCGUCGACGUCCUCCAGCACGUCGUUACCGAGGCCACGCCCACGGACGUCCGCUGGCACAGCGACAUUGUGCUGCACAUGCUGUACGAAACCCUCAAGAUUGCGAUGAGCGACGCGUCCUUUCUGCAAGCCACGCUGCGCUGCCUCGCCGACACGUUGGCGGUGACGUCCGUGGCCCACGAGAUCACAAGCUACGACCGGUUCUUUCCGACGCUACUGCGGUCCUGGGACAUGACCUCGGACGUGACCAUGAAGCGCGUAUAUGUCAUUGGCUUGCGGCCGUGGAUCGUUGCGAUGGGGGCGCCCCACAGCGUGCAGAUCGUGCAGUACCUUCCGUCGAUCCUGACCGUGCUCUUGGCUUGUCUCGAGAACAAGCUACUGACGCUCGAUGCGCUCGAAACGCUGCGCUUGGUCGUCGUCCACGCUUGGGUGCGCAUGCCACAGCAUGUCGACGAUGUCGUGCUCGGCCUCUUGCGGUGCUUGGUGUUCAACACGAUCCAGAGCCAUCUCGAGGUCGCGGCAGGGGCACCACAGGAUGACGUGCUCGCAGAGGUCGUGCGCGUGCUCCGGCUUCUGCAAGCGCUCAAGAAGGAACCCCUUGCGCCGCUGUUGGCGACGAUUGGUGCCGCGUGCACAGAGCUCACGGCCAUUUGUGAUCAAGUACAAGUGGCCAUGGUUGCCUAGGGCGAAUGGAAACCUUGAU